GAAAGCCAUAAAAGAGGAAGUCUUUUUAGAGAGAGAAAGUAAGAAAAAGACAAGUUGGGUUAGGGUUCUAGAGAGAGAAAUACUGUGAUAGAGAGAGAGAAAAAAAGUUGGUUAACUUAUUAUUAGACUAAGAGGCUCAGCUUCUCAUAAAUUCCAUAUUCCAUUGAUGAAGAAGAGAACGACAACAAAUCACAAAACAACAAAAAGCAGCUCUUACACAUAUCGACAAGGCUUAACCACGAACAACAACAACAACAGCAACUACUCUUUCAAAGCUCAGUGCUUUUAAUUGAACCAACUCACUCCUUUUCCUCUCCAUCUCUUUCUUUCUUAUAAACCCAGACAAAAAACAGAGAAAACCUAAAAAGCUCUGUCUCUUUCUUUAUGCUUAGAAGAUUCAAGUGCUAAUUCUUGGAAUUUUCUUGGGAUUUCAUAUGGGUUUUUGAUCAAUUGCAAAACCCUCUAAGGUUUUUCUUCUUCUUCUUUUGCUUGGUUAGAUUUUCUUUUCUCUAGGUCUGUCUGUUCCGUUCUUUAUUGUUCAUGUCAGCAUUUCGUAUAGAGGUUAUUAUCUCAGCAAUAGGAUCCCUGCCCAUGAUAAACUAAAGAUUAAGUGAAUACCUAAAAUUGUUGUCAUUUUAUUUUUACUUAUUUUUGUUUCUUUCUUCACUGUAAUUGUUCUGAAUUGAUCAAGUGUCUUGGUUCCUGCUUGAUUUUUUCUUUUGUGGGUGUUUGUCUAUCGGUUUAGUUGCUUUUGAUCGGGUAUUACUUGUUAGUUUCACCAUACCCUUCUUUUUGUUUAUGAGCUUUUCUUUUGGAUCGUCCAGUUUUGGUUCUUUUCUUGAAAAGCUUUGAUAUACUCCAGAAUUUGAGAUUCCUUUACAAGUAAUUGUCCUGAUCUCAUUUCUAGUCAACAACUAAAUUCCGUUUUUGUUCUGUUUAGUCCCCAUUGUUGUCGCACUUGAUUGAUUACUUAGUGAUACCCAAUGUUUCAAGAUGAUGCAUCAUCAUCAGUAACAUCAUCACCUCUCCAAUUUUUCUCCAUGAUGUCCCUCUCACCUGGUAUGGGAUCACCAUAUCCCUGGCUUAGAGAGCUAAAAUCCGAGGAGAGAGGAUUGUAUUUGAUCCAUUUAUUGCUCACUUGUGGAAAUCAUGUUGCUGCGGGUAGUCUUGAAAAUGCAGAAAUUGCCCUUGGGCAGAUCUCUCAGCUAGCCUCUGCUGAAGGUGAUACUAUGCAGCGGAUUGCUGCUUACUUUACUGAGGCACUUGCUCAUAGGAUCAUUAAAGCAUGGCCUGGUGUCCACAGGGCCCUUAAUGCUACUAAGAUAACUUUGGUUUCUGAGGAGAUACUAGUUCGUAAAUUGUUUUUCGAGAUGUUUCCAUUCUUGAAAGUGGGUUUUGUGAUCACAAACCAAGCUAUAAUCGAAGCUAUGGAAGGGGAAAAGAUGGUUCAUAUAAUUGAUCUGAAUGCAGUGGAACCUGCACAAUGGCUUGCACUUCUUCAAGCUUUAAGUGCACGGCGUGAAGGGCCUCCCCAUUUGAGAAUUACAGGGAUUCAUCAACAGAAGGAGGUACUGGAUCAAAUGGCUCAUAAACUGAGUGAGGAAGCUGAAAGGUUGGAUAUCCCAUUUCAGUUCAAUCCCAUUGUUAGCAAGUUAGAGAAUCUUGAUAUUGAAAAGUUGCGUGUUAAAACAGGAGAGGCUUUAGCAAUUAGUUCUGUUCUUCAAUUGCAUUCUUUUUUGGCAUCAGAUGAUGAAUUGAGGAAAAGGUCUCCGGUGACAUUGAAAAAUUCAAAUGGAAUGCACUUGCAAAGAGUCCUCCCAGCGAACCAAGGCACAUUGGGAGAGUUACUCGAGAAAGAUAUGGUAAAUGGAUAUAGCCCAAGUUCUCACUCAACCUCAUCAUCGCCUCUAUCUUCAACUGCUUCAGUGAAGAUGGAUUACUUUCUCAACACACUUUGGAGUCUGUCACCAAAGCUCAUGGUGGUAAUGGAACAAGACUCUAAUCAUAAUGGAUCAAGUCUAAUGGAGAGGCUAUUGGAGGCAUUAUACUCUUAUGCAGCAUUGUUCGAUUGUUUGGAAUCUACUGUAUCAAGAACAUCCUUGGAGAGACUUAAAGUGGAGAAGAUGCUGUUUGGGGAGGAAAUAAAAAACAUUAUAUCAUGUGAGGGAGCCGAGAGAAAAGAAAGACAUGAAAAACUAGAGAGGUGGAUUCAAAGGCUUGAUUUGGCUGGGUUUGGAAAUGUGCCUUUGAGCUACUGCGGUCUGUUGCAGGCAAGAAGAUUGUUGCAAGGGUAUGGUUGUGACGGUUAUAGAAUUAAAGAUGAAAAUGGUUGUGUCGUAAUCUGCUGGCAAGAUCGACCUCUUUUUUCUCUAUCAGCUUGGAGGUGUAAAAAGUAAGUGCAAAACAUUUCUUCACACAGUGUUCAGAGAUUUUCUGCUCAAUUGUAUGAUAGAGAUAUAUAUAUAUAUAUAGUUUUAGCAUGAUUUGAAUGUCCUUUUGUAUGCACAUAUCUGCUCUUCAUAUGUUUUAUGUUUCUCAUUUUACUUCUAAUGAAACCAAAUGCUGAUCUAUGUUAGUAUUAA